AUGGAGAGAUGGGGGAAAAAGCAACGAUCAGGACAAGGACAGACGGAGGAGGGGGAGCGGAGGGAGUGGUCCAAAGAUGAAGAGAUGGAAUGGAGCCAAGAGCGGCCUGCGGUCCCUUUUAACUGCUUCAGUGCUGGACCGAGACAAUCACACGUCAGAGAGGUGACAGGAGUCCAGGGAGAGCUCAGCCAUUUCCAAGCAGCUAAUGAUCCGUCCAAUGCAGCUGCGUUCUCACCGCCGACACAUGUACAUUUCUGCCUCUGCCUCUUGCCUCUGUCUUUGUCUCUGCCUCUGAAACUGCCUCUACAACUGCCUCUGAAACUGCCUCUGAAACUGCCUCUGAAACUGCCUCUGAAACUGCCUCUGAAACUGCCUCUGAAACUGCCUCUGAAACUGCCUCUGAAACUGCCUCUGCAACUGUCUCUGCAACUGUCUCUGCAACUGCCUCUGCAACUGCCUCUACAACUGCCUCUGAAACUGCCUCUGAAACUGCCUCUGAAACUGCCUCUGCAACUGUCUCUGCAACUGCCUCUGCAACUGCCUCUGCAACUGCCUCUACAACUGCCUCUGAAACUGCCUCUGAAACUGCCUCUGAAACUGCCUCUGCAACUGCCUCUGAAACUGCCUCUGAAACUGCCUCUACAACUGCCUCUGAAACUGCCUCUGAAACUGCCUCUACAACUGCCUCUGAAACUGCCUCUGAAACUGCCUCUACAACUGCCUCUGAAACUGCCUCUGAAACUGCCUCUGCAACUGUCUCUGCAACUGCCUCUGCAACUGCCUCUGCAACUGCCUCUGAAACUGCCUCUGAAACUGCCUCUACAACUGCCUCUGAAACUGCCUCUGAAACUGCCUCUGAAACUGCCUCUGAAACUGCCUCUGAAACUGCCUCUGAAACUGCCUCUACAACUGCCUCUGCAACUGCCUCUGAAACUGCCUCUGAAACUGCCUCUACAACUGCCUCUGCAACUGCCUCUGAAACUGCCUCUGCAACUGCCUCUGAAACUGCCUCUGAAACUGCCUCUGCAACUGCCUCUGCCCCUUGCCUUGGCCUCUUGCCUCUGCCUCCUGCCUCUUGCCUACGGAGGAACCUUGGACAUGGCAGCCUCAUGA